AUGUGUUCUUACACAGACAGACAGACAGACCGAUAUUUUGCUGUGGAUGUCUCUCUCAUCACAGGGAAGAUAGUGUUCAUCUCGUACCAGGCGGCAACCAUCUUGCAAUGCAAUCGGGAGCAGUUCACCAACGUUAAGUUUGUAGAGUUCCUGAACCCUCAGGAUGUCAAUGUGUUCUACAGCUUCACCACACCCUACAAUCUGCCCUCCUGGAGCAUGUGCACUGGAACAGAAUCAGCUCCCACGGAGUGCAGGCUGGAGAAAUCCUUCUUCUGCCGCAUUAGUGGUGGAAGGGGGAGAGGAGGGAGCCUGCAGGACUUCCCUUUCCGUAUCACCCCCUACCUGUUGAAGGUCCAGGAUGCUGAGUUGGCCGAGGAACAGUCCUGCUGCUUGCUACUGGCUGAGAGGGUACAGUCGGGCUACGAUGACCCCAGGAUCCCUUCUGACAACCGUAUCUUCACCACGACACACACACCCAGCUGUGUGUUCCAGGACAUAGAUGAGAGCCUACAGCCGGUCCACAACAUGGGCUCCAGUGGUUACAGUAGCCAUGGCAGCAACAGUUCCCACGGGAAUGGGAAAACCAUUGAGAACAGGAAUGUGGUUGAUGAACCAGGAAAAUCUAAGCCGAGGACAUUCCAGGAGAUCUGUAAAAGGGUCCACAUAUUGAAGAGUCAGGACCAGCCGGUCUACUUUCCCUCUCCCUCCAAACCUGAAUCUAGGGAAACCACAGACACAGGAGCACAGCAGCAUAAGAGUCCUGUGGCGUUCCUGAAGGACUUAGUGGUGCCCCCUCUGCUUGUCAAGGACAGUACCGCUAUUGCUGCUGCCAGUGUGGAAGAGCUCACCUGUAAUGACCAGACUGUCUACUCCUACCAGCAGAUCAGCUGUCUGGACAGUGUCAUCAGGUAUCUGGAGAGCUGUAUCACCCCCGUCACGGUGAAAAGGAAGUGCCAGUUCUCCUCCUACACCGCAUUCUCCAUGCAUGCUUCAAGGUGGGAACUACACAUGCAGAGAUCAUCCGUUCACCUACUCUGCAUCUCACAAAGACACGGCGGUCUCAAAUUUGGACUCAUCAGAAGUGACAAUAGAUAAUAACAGAGACUAGCAGCAGUGUAAAAGAGGGGGGAGGGCAGGCAAUUCAAAUUGUCUAGGUAACCAUUUGAUUAAAUGUUCAGGAGUCUUAUGACUUGGGGGUACAAGCUGUUUAGGAGCCUCUUGGACCUAGAUUUGGCGCUCUGUUACCGUUUGCCAUGCGGUAGCAGAGAGAACAGUCUAUGACUGGGGUGGCUGAAGUCUAGCAAUUUUUAGGACCUACCUCUGACACCACCUGGUAUAGAGGUCCUGGAUGGCAAGAAGCUUGGCCCCAGUGAUUUUUUUAUUUUUAAUUUCAACUUUAUUUAACCAGGUAGGCCAGUUGAGAACAAGUUCUCAUUUACAACUGCGAGCUGGCCAAGAUAAAGCAAAGCAGUGCGACAAAAACAACAACACAGAGUUACACAUAAACAAACAUAGUCAAUAACACAAUAGAAAAAUAUAUGUACGGUGUGUGCAAACGUAGAAGAGUAGGGAGGUUAGGCAAUGGAGGCGAAAUAAUUACAAUUUAGCAUUAACACUGGAGUGAUAGAUGUGCAGAUGAUGAUGUGCAAGUUGAGAUACUGGGGUGCAAAAGAGCAAGAGGAUAAGUAACAAUAUGGGGAUGAGGUAGUUGGGUGUGCUAUUUACAGAUUGGCUGUGUACAGGUACAGUGAUCGGUAAGCUGCUCUGACAGCUGAUGUUUAAAGUUAGAGACGGAUAUAUAAGAUUCCAGCUUCAGUGAUUUUUGCAAUUCGUUCCAGUCAUUGGCAGCAGAGAACUGGAAGUAAAGGCGACCAGAGUAAGUGUUGGCUUUGGGGAUGACCAGUGAAAUAUACCUACUGGAGCAUGUGCUACGGGUGGGUGUUGCUAUGCUGACCAGUGAUCCUGAGGUUAGGCAGGGCUUUACCUAGCAUAUACUUAUAGAUGACCUGGAGCCAGUGGGUUUGGUGACAAAUAUGUAGUGAGGGCCAGCCAACGAGAGCAUGCAGGUCGCAGUGGUGGGAAGUAUAUGGGGCUUUCGUGACAAAACGGAUGGCACUGUGAUAGACUGCAUCCAAUUUGCUGAGUGGAGUGUUGGAGGCUAUUUUGUAAAUUACAUCGCCGAAGUUAAGGAUCGGUAGGAUAGUAAUUUUUCGAGGGUAUGUUUGGCAGCAUGAGUAAAGGAUGCUUUGUUGCGAAAUAGGAAACCGAUUCUAGAUUUAACUUUGGAUUGGAGAUGCUUAAUGUGAGUCUGGAAGGAGAGUUUACAGUCUAGCCAGACACCUAGGUAUUUAUAGUUGUCCACAUAUUCUAAGUCCUGAGUAGUGAUGCUAGUCGGGUGGGCGGGUGCAGGCAGCGAUCGGUUGAAGAGCAUGCAUUUUGUUUUACUAGCAUUUAAGAGCAGUUGGAGGCCACGGAAGAGUGUUGUAUGGCGUUGAAGCUCGUUUGGAGGUUUGUUAACGCAGUGUCCAAAGAAGGGCCAGAAGUAUACAGAAUGGUGUCGUUUGCGUAGAGGUGGAUCAAAUAAUUACCAGCAGCAAGAACGGCAUCAUUGAUAUAUACAGAGAAAAGAGUCGGUCCAAGAAUUGAACCCUGUGGCACCCCCAUAGAGCCUGCCAGAGGUCCGGAUAACAAGCCCUCCGAUUUGACACACUGAACUCUAUCUGAGAAGUAGUUAGUGAACCAGGCGAGGCAGUCAUUUGAGAAUCCAAGGCUGUUGAGUCUGCCGAUAAGAAUACAGUGAUUGACGGAGUCGAAAGCCUUGGCCAGGUUGAUGAAGAUGGCUGCACAGUACCAUCUCUUAUCGAUGGCGGUUAUGAUAUUGUUUAGUACCUUGAGCGUGGCUGAGGGUGCACCCGUGACCAGCUCUGAAACCAGAUUGCAUAGCGGAGAAGGUACGGUGGGAUUCGAAUUGGUCGGUGAUCUGUUUGUUCACUUGACUUUCGAAGACUUUAGAAAGGCAAGGCAGGAUGGAUAUAGGUCUGUAACAGUUUGGGUCUAGAGUGUCUCCCCCUUCGAAAAGGGGGAUGACUGCAGCCGCUUUCCAAUCUUUAGGAAUCUCGGACGAUACGAAAGAGAGGUUGAACGGAAUAGUAAUAGGGGUUGCAACAAUGGUGUGGAUCAUUUUAGGAAGAGAGGGUCCAGAUUGUCUAGCCCAGCUGAUUUGUAGGGAUCCAGAUUUUGCAGCUCUUUCAGAGCAUCAGCUGUCUGGAUGAAGGAGAAGCUGGGGGGCUUGGGCCAGUUGCUGCGGGACGUGCAGAGUUGUUGGCCGGGGUUGAGGUAGCCAAGCGGAAAGCAUGGCCAGCCAUAGAAGAAUGCUUAUUGAGAUUCUCGAUUAUCGUGGAUUUAUCAGUGGUGACAGUGUUUCCUAGUCUCAGUGCAGUGGGCAGCUGGGAGGAGGUGCUCUUAUUCUCCAUGGACUUUACAGUGUCCCAAAACGUUUUGGAAUUAGUGCUGCAGGAUGCAAAUUUCUACUUGAAAAAGCUAGCCUUUGCUUUCCUAACUGACUGUGUAUAUUGGUUCCUGACUUCCCUGAAAAGUUGCAUAUCGCUGGUGCAGUACAGGUGUUUUUGUGUUGGUCAAGGGCAGUCAAGUCUGGAGUGAACCAAGGUCUAUAUCUGUUCUUAGUUCUACAUUUUUUUGAAAGGUUCAUGCUUAUUUAAGAUGGUGAGGAAAGCACUUUUAAAGAACAACCAGGCAUCCUCUACUGAUGGGAUGAGGUCAAUAUCCUUCCAGGAUACCCGGGCCAGGUCGAUUAGAAAGGGCUGCUCGCUGAAGUGUUUUAGGGAGCGUUUGACAGUGAUGAGGAGUGGUCGUUUGACCGCGGACCCAUAACAGACGCAGGCAAUGAGGCAGUGAUCGUUGAGAUCCUGGUUGAAAACAGCAGAUGUGUAUUUAGAGGGCAAGUUGGCCAGGAUGAUAUCUGGGGGUGCCCGUGUUUACGGAUUUGGGGUUGUACCUGGUAGGUUCCUUGGUAAUUUGUGUGAGAUUGAGGGCAUCUAGUUUAGAUUGUAGGACGGCCGGGGUGUUAAGCUGAGUUGAGAUCGUUUCUGCUGUAAAGUUAUGAAUCUUGUUGCACCUUGCAUCUGUCCGUCAUCGCAGCAGUGAGCUGGUCCAUUUUUAGCCCAGUGGGUCUGUCUAACCUGGGUGUUUUUCCUCAACAUUUUCAUUAUCUGGCAAAAAUUGGGUCCUCAAUAGUAAAAAUGUGCCUGUGUGGGGGCCUCACAGGAAAAAUUUGGCCGCAUGUUAGAAAGGCCAGGGCCGAUUUCUGGUCCCAGUCUGCCCCUGGCAGUCAUGCUUGAACAACAGUGACAAUCAGACAGUAUAAAUAUCUACUUACUACAGAUGUUUUAUUUUUCUUUCAAACAAAGCCAAAUCAAUGUUUUCUUCCAGACUCUGCAGUCUCACGCUCUCUUGCAUAUGUAAGGUACUGCAGGUUGUUCCUCAUAAGCCAUCAAAGUUACACCAUUCUCUUUUUCAGUUUGUGAAUGUCCUGUGUAACAGGCUGUGAAUGUAGUAGUUUAUUGUCUUCAGGUUUUACCUAUAGGAGAUUAUGUGGACAUGGCUUUGACAAUGGACAGUCCCCUACAUAGUUCUGUUAGUUUGAAGGAAUGGAUGCCAUUUUAAACUAGUCAUUUAUCGUUUUUUCCAAGAGUAAGGCAGCUCAGUGGAGCAACAACCUUUAUAAAACUGAGUUCCUAUACCUCUGCGUUGUUAGUUAGCAUAUUUCCUAUGGACACAUGCACAGUGCAAAUACUGUAAUUUUCUCUUUUUUCAUGUAUAAAUUUGAAAUGCUGUUUUCAACCUUUACGUGUAGGUACUAGGGAGACUUUAUUUUCCUCUGUGCUAUUAAUGGGAGGUGUGACGCCAGCACUGAAUAAACAGGAUAUUGGGAACCAAACCAGCUCUAUAUACAGUGCACAGGGAUCCAUGGCAAUGCUGCUGGACAUAAACCAUAUAGCACCAUGGGUUAUGAAUGCAUAGGAAACUGCCGGGACCAAUAGCAUUAUCAAAUCACAUUUUAUUAUUCACGUGCUGAAUACAACAGGUGUAGACUUUACCAUGAUAUAAUUACUCACGAGCUCUUUCCCAACAAUAUAGAGUUGAAAAGUAAUAAAAGAACAAAAAAAAGGAAAUGGUAACACAAUCACAAGAUUAUAUACAAGAAGUACCGGUACAGAGUCAAUGUGCAAGGUACGGGGUAGUUGAGGUAAUAUGUACAUGAAGGUAGGGGUAAAAGUGACUAGGCAAUCGGGAUAGAUAAUAAACAGAGUAGCAUCAGCGUGUGUGCGUAUCUAUUGUAUGUGUGUGUUGUAGUCUCAGUGUAGCAUGUGUGAGUGUGUGGGUAGAGUCCAGUGAGUGUGCACAGAACCAGGGCAAGGAAUGUCAGUGCAAAAAACUCAUUCACUGGCAUAUGUCAGUGUAUAUUUGUCUCAUGGAAUAUGUCAGUGUAUAUUUGUCUCAUGGUAUAUGUCAGUGUAUAUUUGUCUCAUGGUAUAUGUAAGUGUAUAUUUGUCUCAUGGUAUGUGUCAGUGUAUAUUUGUCUCAUUGCCAUUUUGAGAACCUGAUAUUUUAGCACAUUUCAUUGCGUUUUUGUAGGUGCAUUAAAAUGUUAAUGUUUCCUUUCCCCCCCAAUGUUGAUCUGGACAGGUAAGGGUUUGUUUUGUUGGGAUGGUGGUCCAUUGGGUUUUUACCCUACAUUUUACUUGAAUGUAGGCUAGAACCUGAUGAAGAAGGUAAAAACCCAGAUGGUAAGAUUGUGACUAUUGUUCAAAAGCAGCAGACAAUUUCUAACAUAGGCCUAUUGGGAUAUUGGCUUCCCUGACUCAAAUAAGUGUAGUCUCUGGGAGGGUUAUCUUUGUAUGAGUGUUGUGCGUGAAAGCAUCAAACAGCGGGGAAAGCUCAAGAAACUGUCAGAGCGGUGAAGGGCUAGGCUGAGGCGUUCUGUUGUUAGAUCAGAGAUUCAUCUUUAGAGUCAAAGACACUUGAGAGGAGAGACUCAUCCAAGGAUGGAAUGGGAGUCCCAGGGGAUCCGUUUCAGAACCAUAUGCUCCCAUCCACGUUUGAAAGCCUCAUGCCAACUGGCACCGGUCACGAACCUUUAACCCCGGAAUUGAAAUUCACCAUCACGAAUCCGCAACUGAUGCGUUAGGAUGCUGUGCAAUUGUUAAUUUGCCUUUAUCAUUCACCGGACGCUAAAACAAAUUUUGUUAUAUCACCAACAUGUCAUAUGUCACCUUAGAUUAAUGGUGAUUAUGCGCCAUUAUGAUAAAGAUGGGAAACAGACCCGGGUCCCUGUAAUGAUGCAACAGACUGCUUUAUGUACAUUUUGAACUAUGGGUUUACCAAGCAGCAACAUGCUUUGAAAAACGAAUGGGGAAAAUGGCUCAUGAUACAGACGUCAUCAUGGCAAAAAUCUAUGAAUUGGUAUUUUUUUUUAAAACGAUAUAGUCAUUUUGUAUUAGCCUAAGUGAUAAAUAUGUGUUGUCCUACUCUUGAACCUUUAGGUCUACAUUUCUCUCACUCCGAAAUGUCAUUUGACAGGUGCAAAGACGAAUCAAAUCAAAGCUAUAGGCUACAGCUGUGUCUGUGUCAGUGUCUCUCAACUCGCUGGCUCUGUCGAUAUUCUGUCAAAUGGUGGCCUGCCGAUCCAAAGCUUUGAUCAUUGCGUCCUCUGCUUCCAUGCCGGUUGUUCCACCUAGCCAAAUGUGUGGCCCAGGUUUGACCAGCUACAAACCCCCUGUGGCUGCUCAACGCUAAUCCGAAUCGUUAGCCAUUCAUUCCUUCAUCAAAAGAUGACAGCAGUCUGUGAAUCUAUUCAUGUGUAGUUGACAAGAAAUUAACAUCCGUGAUGAAAGUAUUUUUCAAUAAACUUUUAUUAUUAUUUUUUAUAAGAAAUGCCAAAAGUGCAUUUAGCUGCAAAAUCACCCAGCUAUUUCAGUGUUUUUUUUCUCCCAGUGGACUUUAAUCUUUAUGAUGGGCACAGUCGGUCUACUGUAAUUGUGAUUGAAACAUGUCUGUCUAAGCAAAUCGAUGAGCAAAGGAGGUUGAACGUGCUCAUACUCCACCGUGAGAUUUACAUGAUAGCCUAGUCUAGCCUAUAGGACCUGUCAUGUUCUUAUCAGUAAUUACCUAUCAGUAGUCUAUAUGCAGCGAACCCGAGUGCGUUUUCAUGCUCAAAAGGCCAAGUGCUUUGGAUAGCUGUGCGUAAUUAUUAUGGUUUAACGCUAAUAUUCAAUUCACAAAUGUGUCUUUCAAGAUUGACUUCUACAUGAUUUGUGGACUCUGAUGUUUCCAGGUGCUUUAAAAAUACUGAAUGAUUAAAUACCUCAAGAAAUGGAUUUUGAUUAUGGGAGCAUGGCGCUGGCCUUUCAUAUGCCUAUCGUUUUGUUUCAAUGCGUUUUUGGCAAUUGUUUAAUUACUUGGCUAGUAAGAGGUCUGAAGUGUUGUUAGUUUGUUUCAGGCUGCAGUUACUCUUAAUUGCUUUGUUUGUCAAUUGGGAGAUUCAAUUGCCUUGUGAUAUUAGGUACUCUGCCAAUCGUUAAAAAUGUUGUGCAAACAGAAGUCAAGUCAUUCAGCUUGAAAUGCCUUUU